AUUCAAUGGCUCCAUCAGUUGGACAGAGAAUUAAUAAAUGGGUGCUGAUGCUCUCAUUGAUUCAAUCAAUAUGCACCUCCUGAUAUGUAGAGAGUCAAAGUGCCCCACGGUUGCAAGUUGCAACCACACGCACGCACACACCCCUUCCUUUGGCGGGAAUAUGUAGGCAUCCCAUCAGACGUAUCAAGAAAGCUUCUUUCUCAUAUAUUUCCUAAUAAAAACGAAACACACAUCCCGCCGUCACCGACCACUGCAAACACUCUCUCCACGCACUCUAUCUACACCAUUUGUCUAACCGUCGUUAAACAAUGACGGUUUUAAGGUCCCGUGUAGUCCCAAAAGUACAAUCUCAAUCCACUCACAAAACCCUCAAAAAGGGGGAAAUCGAACCUGCGACCCCUGUGAAAGCCCUAGAACCCUCGAGUCAUCAAUCUCCUUCCACACCGAAUUCGAGCCCUUUGUCGGAAACCCCAUACCUCAAAGGGUUUGGUCCCGAUUCAAUCUCGUCCUCUGGAACCAUCCGGAGAAGGAGUCUUCGUCUUGCUUCAAAAUCCAAUUCCAACUUGAUUGUCGAAAACGUUUCGGUUUCCAAUCGAAAAAGAUACAGCCGCGCUGCUGAAAGUAGUAUGGAUUUCGACAGUGAAUCUGAUUACGGGAAUGUUAAAAACGAGAGUGUGGUUGAACAAGAUCGAGUUUUGGAUUGGGAGGCGAAGAAAGUAAGGGUUUCUGAUCAAGAUUGCAAGGCGAUUAGGGUUUCUGGAGAGUUGGGUGUUGUAAUCGAGGGUGAACAAGCUGAGUUCAAAGUUGAUUCAGUGUCUAGAGAUUUGGGUAACUCAGGUUCGACAGGAAGUUCUAGCCGAUGGAGCAACAGAAUCCAGAGUGUGACAGAGAGGAAAGGGAAGAGAAAAUUAGGUCCUAAUAUUGAUUCAUUGGUUUCGGAAUUAUGGGUAGAGGAUGAAGGAGGCAAAGGGUUUUUGAGUUUGCGAUCAGGAAUGAAAAUUGCAAAGAUGGAAGAAAUCAAUGGUGACGAUGGUGGUGCCUUAGUCGGAGUUGGGAGUGAUGAUGGUGAGAAAUCAGUCCAUAAGAAUGAGGGAGAAAGGGAAUGGGAAAGGGAAAGGGAAACUGGCAAUCUUAAAGGCAGGAGGAAGUCCUCAAGAGGAGAGAAAGGGAAAGGGAAACUGGUUAAUGAGUCCUUGGUAUCAAAUAUUGUUGAUACAGUGGAUUUGGAUUUGAAAACCGAAGCUGAGAUAUCAAUUGGUCUUGGGGUUUCAGACACUGUCCGUUUGCUUGAUGCCAAGAAAGAAUUGAAGUACCAAAAUGCUGAUGGAAGUGGUAAUUCUGUUGAGACAAGAAGGAGACUCAGCAGGGAAGAAAAAGGAAAAGAGAAAGUGGUUGGGGAUGGUUUGUCUUCGGAUGGUAUUGACGGGGUGAACUUGGAAUUGAGACUUCAAACUCAAAAUCUAAUGGGCGAUGUAAUUUCAAGUUCUAUCAGUUUGGAAGAUAAUGUAGCAUUGCAGAGUGAAAGGCAUGUUAUAGAGACUGAUACUACAAUUGAAAAAAACCAUAGGAGAAGGCGUUACAAGGAACGCAAGGAACGAUGCCGAGAUAUUGCCAGAAAAAAUGCAUCUCGUUUUGCUCAUUUCUCUUCCCACGAGGAAGAGGAGAAUUACGGAACUGAUGAGGCUGAAGGAGAAAUGCCAGUAAGGGAAUUGGACAGGGAAAUUGAGGACUGGCCUGGUCCCUUUUCUACUGCUAUGAAGAUUAUAAAGGACCGUGAAAUGAAUAUGAAUGUGCAACAGCAGAAUGUCUCAUUGGACAAAAGCAAAUCGGAACCUGUGAUUUGGUCUCGCAGAAAGGAUCACCAACGUGAAUGCUCAAAGCCUUUGGUCCCCUCACUGCAAGAACUAUGCAUGAGAAUUCUUGCCAAAAAUGCAGAUGCAAUCACUUCACUUGACUGUGUCCCAGAUGUUCUGAGGCACAAGCUCAGUCACUUGCUCUGUGAUUCUCGUAGAAUGAACAUUCAUUUUCUUGACCUCCUUGUUCGUGGAUCUCCCACGGAGGUACGUGUGAGGGAUUGUUCAUGGCUAACGGAAGAACAGUUCACGAGGACCUUUGAAAUGUGUGACACCAACUACUUGACGGUACUGCAACUUGACCAAUGCGGUCGAUGUAUGCCAGAUUAUAUUCUGUGUGAUACCUUAGCUCGUUCAUUUAAUAGCCUGCCUGCAUUAACUACUAUAUCGUUGAAAGGUGCAUGCCGUCUUUCAGAUGCAGGAUUAACUGCACUUGUUUCUUCUGCUCCUGCUUUAAGAUCUAUAAAUCUUGGUCAGUGCUCCCUUCUCACCUCAAGUGGUAUCAACAUUUUACCGGACUCAUUGGGAUCAGCUCUGAGGGAAUUGUAUUUAGAUGAUUGCCAAAGCAUAGAUCCCAUGCAUAUUCUGCCUGCACUGAAGAAGCUAGAACACUUGGAAGUGUUGUCACUAGCCGGCAUUCAAACUGUUUGUGAUGAUUUUAUUCGUAAAUUUGUUAUUGCACGUGGUCUGACUAUGAAGGAGCUUGUUUUAGCUAAUUGCGUGAACUUGACUGAUUCUUCUUUGAAAGUCAUUGCGGAAACUUGUCCUGGAUUAUGUUCGUUAGACCUCAUGAAUUUGUGUAAAUUGACAGACUCUUCUAUUGGAUAUCUUGCAAAUGGUUGUCGAGAAAUUCAAAUACUAAAAUUAUGCCGCAAUGCAUUCAGUGAUGAAGCCAUUGCUGCAUUUCUUGAAACCUCUGGAGAGUUUCUAAAAGAACUGUCACUCAAUAAUGUUAACAAGGUUGGCCACAACACUGCUAUAUCACUUGCCAGGUGUUCAAAACAGUUGGUUAGUUUGGAUUUAUCAUGGUGUCGAAAUAUUGCAGACGAGGCUGUGGGAUUGAUUGUGGAUAGCUGCUUAUCUCUGAAAUUGCUCAAACUGUUUGGAUGCACUCAGAUUACAAAAGUGUUUUUGGACGGCCACUCAAAUCCAGAGGUGCAGAUGGUUGGAUUGAAGAUGACUCCACUAUUAGAACAUCUUAAUGUGCCUGAUUUUCUACAAGGCCCUCUGCGUUAUUCUCCCAUGUCUUCAGUCUGAUCCCAGUCUGGUUAUUUUGAGUCUCCCUUUAUCUAGAGUUGCAAACUCUCCAGUUUGGAUGGGAUCUAUUCCGUCAGUUUAAUACCCUCUCUUUUUGUGCACUUGUAAUGUGACAAGACAUUUUUUGUGUUAUCAUGUUGAAGUGGAACAAUUUAAGUGCAUGUCUGCCCUAGUGAUUAGCCGCAUUGAGGAUUUAUCCACUUGCUUGUUUUCUUUAUGGUGUUUGGCAAAUAUCUUAUUUUGUUGAAUUUGUCUUA